AUGGUGACAUUGUGGUGGAUGUUUGUAUUUUUUGCGAAAACGGUAUUGGCUAAUGAUAACGAACUGAUCGAUGAAGAACCUCAAAAAGAAUCAAGAUUUCUUCCAUUGUUUGAAUUAAAACGUUUUGAUGGCAGACAUAGCCCCAGCGUGGCCCUAGGUCCAGGCGGGCUACCACCGUUGACAUCUGUUCCGAUUGGAGGGGAGAAAUGUUCAGCUAGACUGGAAUCUGCUUUGAAUCAAUUGAAACGUCGAAAAAGGCAUCAUUCUAAGAGUUUCGAUAUGCCCUUGAGUCGGAGCAUCGAUCUGAAUGGCUACAGUAUGCACCAGCAAAUGAGGAGCGCACCAGUGGAUAUGUACGUAACAAAAAUGAGAGUGCGACUGCCGCAGAACAGCAACUGGGUGCGCGUCGAGAAGUGCUACUUCGAUCCUAGAAACGUGUCUUUGGAGACAAUGCUACUUUUCCAUGACAUAACAAUUAGCGGUAACGUGGAUUUGUAUGACGCUAACGAUUUCGAUCGAACGGUACCAUCUAGCAGAAGACUGCGAAGAAACUACGCCGAACAAGACAUUCACUCUGACCCCUACUCAAAAUCUCGGGGCUGUAACAUGAUACUGAGAUUAAGAAAGGCCGGUAUAGGAUUCCAUACCACUCCUUUGAACCAGCAACCGGGAAAAUUCAACGUAAAAACUGACUCGGAGUUCGUAGAACCUGGAUUUAUAAGCGUCUACGCCUACGGCUGUGAAAAGUAUAUUAACAAAAAUUCAGUUAGAAGUAACCUUCCCUUAAGGCGAAGGAAACGAUCGGAUGAGUUCACAUUUGAUCCGCAUAUGGAUACUUAUUCUGAUGCUUUAGGACAAUCUUCCGAUGUAUGGAGCACGUAUGAACCUCGUAGCAGAGUCAACUACGAGAGAAGCAAACUGUUCCGACCUGACGAUGACUUGGACGAAGUGGAAGAUAUUUCAAGAGAAAUGGAGGAUAUAUUUACUAAAGGAAUACGUACUCUUUUAACUACGUACAUGAAGAAAGAGUUGCAGCCUGCAAUAAAGGACACGCUGAUGAGAAAUAUGGGUUAUAUUGUAUCGUAUGGUUAG